AUGCUAAGUCAAAGGAAGAAGGAAGGAAAGCAGACAGAUGAAUUAGAUGCUGCUGGAAAAGCAGUCAUCAGAUAUAUCCAGAAGAAAUCUUUUAGUAAGGAAGUGACACUCUUACAAAAGGGCAAAGGGUCAAGGGGCCAAGGACUUUGUAGUAGCAAUAGGAUUUAUAAACUAGAUCCCUUCAUUGAUCCUCAAGACAGGCUUCUUCACGUUAAUGGACGGCUCUCCAAAGCAGAAAUUUCAGCUGACGAGAAACAUCCAAUGAUAUUACCUAAAAAGAGUCAUAUUGCCACUUUGAUUAUUCGUUACACACAUGAAAAAUUAGCUCAUGCUGGACGCAACCAUGUGAUGGGAAAACUUAGAGAACUUUACUGGAUUAAACGUACCAAUGCAAGUGUCCGCCUGGUUCUACAACGAUGUGUCAUUUGCAGAAAAAUGAGAAACCCUGUUCUAAACCAGAAGAUGGGUGAUUUACCAUUGGAAAGAGUAAUUCCAGCUGCUCCAUUUGCACACACAGGUGUUAACUCUUUGGGCCACAGGAAGUCAAAGAAGGAAGGCAAAUCAGGAAGAACCGAGAAGGAGUUGAGGAAGUCACUGCAAGAGAUGAAUGAUGAUCAAGUCAGAGCUUUCCUCUCAAAAGAAAGCAUCAGUUGGACCUUCAAUCCCCCUACAGCUAAUCAUAUGGGAGGUGUGUGGGAACGUCAGAUUAGAACUGUGAGAAAGGUAUUGACUCCUCUCUUCAAAGAACAUGCUGGACGACUGGAUGAUGAGAAUUACCGCACUCUUCUCACAGAAGUUGAGGCUAUAGUGAAUGACUGUCCUUUGACCACAGUCAGUGACAGCCCAGAUGACUUACAACCACUCUGUCCAGAACAGCUUCUCACACAGAAAUCAAGUGUUGUGAUGCCACCACCUGGUGUUUUUUCAACGACAGAAGUGGAACAAGGAAAAGCAGCACCUUCAAGUUGGUGA